ACAACAAAAAUCCCCUUGUACACUUUUUUGUGCAUGGUUUUCUGUUGCGCAUCCUUCUUGUCACCCUAUAUAUGUAUAGUAAAGCAAUCAGAUUUUUAUGCCAUCAGACUAGAAUGGAAACUGAUGACCAGGAUGGUAGUCUUUACCCAGUGCUGAGAUGUGUUAACCAACAGCUAGAAAGUCUUGGGACUGACCUAGCCAACAGUCAAGAUGAGGCAAGAGAACGGAGAGAUGCACUGCAUAGACGUGUAUCCCAAAAGCGUAAAGAACUAAUUGAAAGCAACAAUUUAAUGGCAGACAAUUUCUCACAAUAUUCUGGUUCAUUUAGAGAUGUUGUGGAACAAAAUAUCAAAUCUACAGCUGAGUUCACUAAUCACAUCAAAGAGAGCACUGAGGAGAAAAAGUUAAUUCUAGAUGAAAUAAAGUGUGUUAGUAAUCAAUUGAAAACCAGCAUUAUCUCCCCUCCUACGCCAUCUGCUCAAAUGAAUCCAGGUAAACCUAGUAGAAAACUCACAAUUCUGAGAGAGCAACUUCGUCAGGGGAUUGAAAAAUGCCAACAAGAAAGAUAUGCUUGGAUUUUUAGACCUCAUGAAAUUUGCCACUCUGACCAGCCAAACAGCAGAGAGUCUUUAUCCCUACCAAAAUUCCAAGAAACACAAGACAUAAUCAGACCCCUACCAGUGUAUACUUCUUCCAAGGUUGAAGGGAAUCAUUCUUAUGAGCAGGGUCAACAGAAAGAUGAUACCACUGCUGAUGUAUCCAGGAGCCCAGUAAGACAUAGUCCUGCAGUGACAUUAGAUAUUCCACAACAGAAUGAGGAAAAUGUGCAUGAAGACAGCAAUUACACACAGAUAUUCAAAGUUGAAUGCCGUUUGUCCUAUUUUGACAAAGAAUUUAAGAAAUGGAGAAAAAUAGGUGCAGGAACUCUUAAAAUUCUUAAAAGUGAAAAUUCUCCUCAGGACAGAAUUAUGAUGAGAAAUAAAAGGGGUAAUUCCAUUUGUGUUAAUCAUCUGAUUACAUGCCAAAUGAAAGUGACGAUCAAAGAUUUGAAUAAAAAAUCUCUUACAUAUUGGGUAAAGGAUGAACAAUCUGAGCAUAGUGGACUUUGUUUAAAAGUUAGGUUUGGUAACAUGGAAAAAGCUACUCAUUUUGCUGAAGUAUUUGACCAAUGCUCCAAAAGACUAAAAGAAAGCCAGACUGUUGAAGAUGCUCCAAAUUUUGAUGUGAGAGAAACAGUGAACCAAAACAGUUCAACGUUAUCUCAAGAAAAUACAGAAGAAGAUAGCUAUGUAGAGAUAUUUGGAGAAGAAAGCCAGUUGAGUUACUUUGACAAUACGAAUAGAAAAUGGAUAACAAUAUGUAUGGGAGUUCUCAUAAUUCUAAAAAAGAAAAAUUCCCUCCAAUUUAAGAUUAUCAUGAGAAGGAAUAAGGAUAACUCAAUUUGUGCUGAUCAUCAUAUUACAUCUGAUAUGAAGCUACUUCAAAAAGAUGAUGAAUCCUACACAUAUUGGGCUAACGUAACACAGUCUGAACCCAGGGAAAAAUGUCUGCAAGUCAAGUUUGCAGACAAAGAAAAAGCUGAACAUUUUUCUAAAAUAUUCAGCCAGUGUUGUAGAAAACUAAAUGAAACUGCUGUGUCUGUUGAUGAUAAUGUUAAAAUAUUAAAUACAAUGGUUUCUCCUGAUCUUGACCAGGACUCUAUGCAAGUAGGUGAGGUAAUCUCAAUCCAAGCUGAUACAGAGAGAAUUAGCUUGAGAGAGAUAUCUGAACAUGAAAAUGGAGCAAGAGAAGAUAAUACAACAAGUAUAAAAUCAACUAGUGAAUUGAGAGAAAACAAUGGAGAAAAGUCACUUCAUUUUGGACAAAUAUUGGUUUGUCAAAAAAAGUCACAAGGUAGCGGGUGCAUAUCCUCCAGUUCAUCUGAAGAUGAUUACAUACAAGUUGAAUCAAUUGUAGACAGAGAAAAUAUAUUACCAGAUGUUGGACAAAUAAUAAAAUGCAAGUUACAGUCACCGUUUGAAGUAUAUUUGAUGACUUCUUCUCAACGAACAGUAGUACAUCAGACACACAGUGACCCCAAUUUAUAUGAUGGCAGCAUAGACAAUGCAAAUGUAGAAUCAGUUGAACCGAUGGUAGACAGAAGAAAUAUUUUACCAGGUGUUGGACAAAUAAUAAAAUGCAAGUUACAGUCGCCAUAUGAAGUAUAUUUGAUGACUUCUUCUCAACGAACAGUAGUACAUCAGACAGAUAAUGUUGAACCCUUCUUAUAUGAUGUCAGCUUAGACAAUGCACAUGUAGAAUCAGUUGAAUCAAUGAUAGACAGAGGAAAUAUUUUACCAUGUGUUGGACAAAUAAUAAAAUGCACGUUACAGUCACAUUCUGAAGUAUAUUUAAUGACUUCUUCUCAACAAACAGUAGUAGAUCAGACAGACAAUGAUGAAUCCUUGUCAGAUGAUGGAAGCAUAGACAAUGCAAGUGUAGAAUCAGCAAAUGCAACUGCUAUAGAAAUAACAGAAGAAAGUAAUUUUCAUGUUUAUAAUACAGGGGAAGAACCAGAAAGAUUGACUUUUGGAGACAGAAUUAACUUCCUUACGGUAGUGCAACCUACUUUUUACAUAUGAUUUAGGCUAUUCAAAUAUUAUGGACAUAAUGAUUAAAAUUAAUAUACUAUCCUACUGAAGCCUAAAUAGUCAAUUAAUAAAUUAGUGAGUGACCAAACAGUAAUGCAGUUUUUUUUCCUGUUAAAAUUAUUGUACAAAAGGAACAAAAACAAAGUUUAGAUUGCAGAAAAUGGAAAAGACAGCUUUCAAGAUACUACAAGUAAACAAAAUGAUUACAAGGCAGAUCAAGAUGAACAGAAAAAGUUUUGACUUUUAGCUAACUAAUAACCUAACUUCAAAAUAAACAAAUAGUUAAUUAAAAAUCUGUAAUUUAGUGAAAGUAUUUUUUUAAUUUUAUUAAACUUUCUGUCAAUUCAAAUAGGCUACAAAAGGUAAAAACCUUCAUUAAAUGAAGAUUAGUUAUGGUAUUUAAAUAAUAUUUUAGCAAAUAUAACACUGUUUUUUAAAAAACGAACAUGUUUUAAUAUGAGUUUUUAAGUUUUACAUUUGCGUAUAUUUUUAUUUAUUAUUUUUUUGAAUACUAUUUAUUUUUUGUCACUGUAUUUAGAAUAUGUAAAAGUUUCUUUCGACGAAGUGAAAUGUAUUAGGUUUUCUUUGUGUAUGAAAUAUUAAUGCAUUUCCUUCCAUUGGUAUCUACUAAAAUUUAUCAGUAAAGUUUGAAUCUUCUUUACACUGAUUGUGCUUGUAAUAAAUGGAGCAUAAAUUGUGUGAAAGAUAAAUAUAGAUUUUAUUAUAAGAUAUAUUGUUAGUCUAAAGUUAGUUAAACUUUCCUCACAAAAGCGUGCAAACAGCUUUUGAAAAUUUUCCUUUUUUGUAUAGGCCAUUUUAGACAAAGUUUGAUGUUACUAAUUGAGUUAUUAAAAAAUUAAAAAUAAAGAGAUUUUGAUACUGAAUUUAAAAUUAGAUACUAAAUAGAUUGACUCAUGAUGAUGAUAUAACAAACAAAUUAAAUUCUUUAUCAUUUAUGAUAAGACUCAUAUUUAUUGGACUAUUAUUAUUAUAUAUUUAUUCACCUGCUUAAAAUAUAGCAUAAAGCUUAUAUACCAAUAUGCGAUCUAUAUUGUAUUUUUUUUUGGGAGUGGGAUAAGGCAUAGCUCAUUAAUACAAUCUUGUUCAAGUGUUCUGAACACAGUUAGUUUUAGCUGACAUUAACUUACAAACAGAACUUACUUUUGUUUACCCCACAAAUUUGUGAUUUAUAUUUGUAGGUUAGUACAUUGGCAUGUUUUGAAUUCUUUUGGCUGGGAAAUAAGAUAGUUAGUCAGAAUGACAGGCAAAAAGAUUGUGUAACUUACAAACAGAACAUACUUUGUUCACUCCAAAACUUUGUGAUUUACUUUUGCAGAUCAUCUGUAUGUUGUGAAUUUGUUUUGAUUGGGUAAUAAGACAACUAGUGUUAGUCUGGAUGACAGGCAAUUAGAUUAUGUAGCUAUAACAAUUUCUAAUGGACAUUUCCUAUUAUAUUUUACAGUUGUAUUUGGUGAAGGGUAUUUUGAUGUUGUGAUCUUUUUCUUCAUAUAAUAAAAUGGAUAAUUUUAAAGGAGCAUGGUCCUAUCUUC